GAGCCUAACAACGAGGCUGCUGAGGCUGUGCACUACUCGCGGUCCCGUCGCCUCCUUCGUCUGGUCGCUGUUGGAAGCAGCCUGGUCUUCGCCUGCUUAGUGCUCUAUGCGCUGACCUCCAACAGAAAGCACACGCGCGUCGGCAGCGUGACGUUCGAGGCCCGGGCAGAAGACGCUGGGCAGAGCCUCACUUCAGGGACCUCGCCUGCAGUGUCUUCCGAAGCAAUGCCGUCACCGCAGACUCCAGCGACCGCUGCUAGCACCACCUCCAGCACCACCAGCCCCCCACGGCCCGCCGGUGUCCUCUACGUCCUGCGCUCGGGGCACCAGAACUACAAGACCCGGAUUCCUGCAGUGAUGGGAACCUGGGGUCAGGAGGUGAACUCAACAGCGGAUGGUCUCAUCAUGAUUGGAGACGUCAGCUGGCCCAGCCACCGGCCCCCCAUCAUCCCUGCAGAGAUUUGUGGGAACGAUCACAGCAGGCAGCUCUGCUGCAAGACGGGGUAUGCCUUGAUGAUGGCGGCGAAGCACCUGGAGGAGUUUUCCUGGUUCUUCGUCGUCGACGACGACAUGUACGUAAACCUCGAGAACUCUCGGCAGGUGCUCUCGGCCUACGACCCCUCCAAGCUCAUCGCCCUCGGUAUCCCAGGUUGCGGAGGUGGUCUUUGUGCCGACAAGAAGGGCGGCUUCUGCGGCGGGGGUGGCUAUGCGAUGUCGCAAGCCAGCCUAAGGAAGUUGAUGGCGCCAUCCCCCGAGGCUUUUCACAAGGACCUCAUGAACAAUCUGGCAGUCGAGAAGAGUGGACAGGCCUGGGACGACAUCAGCAUCUCUUGCUCUCUGAAGCGCCAGGGCAUCGAGCUCCGACAGAUCCGGGGACUGCAUGGCUGGCGCCUUCCGGGCAAAGGGAAGCCCAUCAGUACGGAGUAUGAGCGCGCUAUCAAGUCGAGGGACCCCUUGCCGAUCACCUUCCACUACCUGACCAGCGACAUGAUGCAUGCGAUCCACGACCGGUUCCAGGCGAUGAAGCGAAGAAAGGGCCCGAGGCUCCUCUCCCGAAGGAGCUCUUUCGGGCAUCCCUACGACGCGCAGCUGCGGCAGUACCUCCUGAACAUGAGCCACGGGCACUUCGAUCCUUCGGCAUCCUGA